AUGUUCAAAGCCGCCGCACGACGGGUCAAGCCGGCCUCAGCUUCGGGCAAGGUCUGCCAAAAGCGACUACUGUCGAUUCACGAGUACCAAUCGAUGAAGCUCCUUAAUUCGUAUGGAAUUCCCACUCCCAAGAGUGUUCCGGCCAUGUCAACGCAAGAGGCUUAUGAUGUUGCAAAGAACUUUGGUACCGACAAGCUGGUCAUCAAAGCUCAAGUGCUCGCCGGAGGUCGUGGAAAAGGCAAAUUCGACAAUGGCUUCCAGGGUGGCGUGCAUGUCAUCAAUAGUCCCGAAGAGGCCAAGGAAAUUGCGGGCAAGAUGCUCAACGCAAAGCUCAUCACAAAACAGACGGGAGCCGCCGGCAGAAUUUGCAACGCUGUCAUGCUCGCAGAGCGACGCGAUCCCUCGCAUGAGUACUAUAUCGCCGUUCUCAACGACCGUGCCGGCCAGACUCCGGUCAUCGUCGCCUCGAACCAAGGCGGGAUGAACAUUGAAGAGGUGGCCGCCAAGGACCCGAACGCCAUUAUCACGACGCCCAUCGACUUUGAAAAUGGCCUUAGCGAUGCUGAAGCUGCUCAACUAGCAGACAAGCUCGGCUUUGCAACUCCAGACGCAAAGAAGCAGGCGGCAGAUAUCUUCCAAAAACUCUACAAACUAUUCAAGGACAAAGACGCCACCCAAAUUGAGAUCAAUCCAUUGGCAGAGACAAAAGACGGUGCAGUACUGUGCAUGGACGCCAAGUUUGGCUUCGACGACAAUGCAGAGUUUAGACAACAGGACGUUUACGCCCUUCGUGACACGACGCAAGAAGAUCCAGCUGAAGUCGAGGCCCAAAAGUACAAUCUCAACUUUAUCAAACUCGAUGGAAACAUUGGGUGCCUUGUAAACGGUGCUGGUCUCGCCAUGGCCACCAUGGACGUCUUGAAGCUCCAUGGAGGUGAUCCUGCCAACUUCCUCGACGUUGGUGGAGGCGCCACACCAGAGACGGUCAAGAAGGCCUUUGAACUCUUGCUCUCCGACAAGGGCGUCACUGCAAUUUUCCUCAACAUUUUCGGAGGCACGUGCGUUCCGACCCGCUCGGAGCUGCAGCUUCGAGUUCCCCUCGUCGUCCGCCUGAAAGGCAACAAAGAGAUGGAGGCAAAGGAGCUUAUUCGGGAAUCAGGUUUGAAGAUUUACGCCUUUGACGAGCUCGAUGAGGCAGCCUCCAAGGCCGUCGAACUCGGCCGCUCUGCUCCUGCAUAA